UCGCAAGACCUCGAGUGUUCGUAAGGUUGUAACAUGGCAGCGCUAGGACCCUGAGGUCCGCCGCACUCUGGAGCUGUCAGCGGUCCCUCGUGCCGGAGCAGCGCACCUACUCCGCCAGACUCCUGAUCAAUCAUUUGUAUGCAAGUGUCCAUCCGAAGGGUCAGUCUGGAGAUGGCUGCGAAUCGGGUGGGGAGGCGUUAUAACAAUAAGAUCCACUCACCGAACCGAGGUACCAGCCGGGAAGCUGGACUGAGCGUGCAGAAGAGACAAGCACGAGUCACCGUAAAAUAUAACAGAAAGGAACUCCAAAGGCGCCUGGAUGUGGAAAAGUGGAUAGAUUGUGGACUUGACGAGCUGUAUUUGGGAAGGGAAGAUGAUAUGCCAGAGGAAGUGAACAUUGACGAGCUACUAGAUCUACAGAGUGAUGAAGAAAGGACGAAGAAACUUAAGGACAUCCUUCAUACCUGCGGUAACAACACAGAAGUCUUCAUCACAGAAUUGGUGAAUAAACUUCACGGUUUGCAGAAACAAGAAGAUCUUCACAAUAAUGGGAUUGAACAUCCCCAGCUUCACAUCUUCCCUGAUCGCCAGGGCUCUCCUGACGCUGAAAGACACUGAGCAGCAUCUCUUCAAACUUCAACAGCUUUUUAGUCUCCUGCAUCAAAACCACUUCAUAUCAAGGCUCAUCAGCACAUAUUGCUGUCUUUAAUUUGUCAAGUAACAAAACAAAACAAGAAAAACCCUAUAAAAAUAUUUAUGUAAAAAGUGACUGACCACUGCAUGGACCUGUGACAAGUUGUCUUUAUUAUUUUGAACAUUUCAAAGAUUUUAGAUUUAAAGAAUUAUUUCUUCCUGAUCUCUUAAAAUUGCUUUCAUUGAUAUAACACAGUCAGGUUUAUUCGGUAAUAUAACAUAAUUAUUGAUUUAAAAUUUUUUUUACAUCACCUGAGAAAUGGUUUUGACCUAUGUGAAGGAUAUUUUUGUUUAGUUUUUUUAGAUUAUGCUGAACCCAUGAAUUUUUCACGAAUGGACCAAAGAUUUUUGGCAAGGUGUUUUUUUAGAUCAAAUCAGUUACGGUCAUUCCCUGUUGUGUUAUUUAUGUCUGUGGUUAGAUUUUGUAGGAUUUAAUUAUUUUUCAAAAAAAAAGCUUGAAUAUCAGUGCUGAAUUUAAUAUGCUUCAUUAAAACUGACAGUUUAAGCUUUUUCCCAGUAGAAAUGAAGGAUUAUGAGGUAUUGUUAAUAUGUUUGCUGCUACUAUAUGAACUACUAUGUUUAAACAAGACUUCACAAGGAAAUCUUAAGUUUUCCUUUUCUAGCUCUGUAUUUUAGUUUGUAUAAUGCUUUGCUAUGUUUGUUUGUACAGUGACAGACUGCCAGCAAUUUUUUCUUACCAAGCUUUUUUGUUAUUAACUGUUUUCACUUGCUUGUUUCACUUGUUCAUUUUAUUUUGUAUUUAUAUGAUAUGAAAAUGAGCAAAAUGUAAUAACGGGCUAUUUAUCUUUUGGUAUCCCCUAAUUUUAAACUAAACAAAAACACUCAAGCUAAAGAACACAUAAAUAAAUAAAGCUGUAUAUAGCCCGUUAUAUCUUUGUGGAAUAAAAUAAUAAUAAAUCUA